UUAUUAUUCGGCGCCGAACGUUCCAGAAGGCCGAGGCGCUUCCGGAAGCUACCCCGCGGCCCUACAUAUACAGCGCCACACGCCCCACCCCGGUCUCGACCUCACGAUCCAAGCCAACAACAACCAUCAACCCUUCUCCCGUUCCCCAAAUCUCUCGACCUCGGAGCAGCCAUGACUCGCGGCGACCAGAGGGAGCGGGACCGGCAGCGGGCGCAGGCGCGGAAGCCGGGGACCAAGGGCCGUGACGACGGGCUCACGCCGGAGCAGCGACGAGAGAGGGACGCCAAGGCGCUGCAGGAGAAGACCGCCAAGAAGGCGGCGCAGGCCACGCAGGGGGCCGACGACGCCAAGAAGAAGAACGCCGCCGGCAAGAAAUAGUAGUUCGGAUCCGUUCUGUCUGUCUCAUGAAGUGGAGAGAUGUUCUGAUGUAGAAUUUCUGUGCGAUGUGGUUGCGCUCGGCUUGUAGCACAAUUCUUUCGGCGCCUCCAGAUCAGGCCCCUGUUGUUGAUGCGUAAUUCGUGGAUCUUUAAUGCAAUGCGAUUAAUUUGGUCGUUA